AUGUCUGGUCGCGGUAAAGGUCUCGGAAAAGGUGGCGCCAAGCGUCACCGAAAAAUCCUUCGUGAUAACAUCCAAGGUAUCACUAAGCCAGCCAUCCGUCGUCUUGCUCGCCGUGGCGGUGUCAAGCGAAUCUCCGGCUUGAUCUACGAGGAGACCCGUGGUGUUCUCAAAGUUUUUCUCGAGAACGUGAUCCGUGAUGCUGUGACAUACACGGAGCACGCUAAGAGAAAGACUGUGACAGCCAUGGAUGUGGUGUACGCUCUGAAGAGACAAGGCCGCACUCUGUACGGAUUUGGCGGUUAGACAGGCCAUCCUGAUACAAAACAAACGGCUCCUCUAGGAGCCACCAAAUACGAAAAAAGUCAUGAUCAAUAAACGUGUUUAGGUCGCAUGUGUAUCUCGCUUAUUAAGAAUCCGGAAAAAAAUUCAAUAGUCUUGUCCUUAAAAAAAAUACCCUAUAGAUUUUCAUGCGUAUUUAGCUUUAGCUGGAGCUAUAGAUCAAUUCUCAUUAAAGUCCGUUACUUUUUUCAAAUACUCGCGGGUCGUAGGAGUUCAUAUGGCAAUCAAGAAGAAGAAAUUAGCCCUCAAACAACCCCCCCAUCAUUGCGUUCUUUGUAAAAAAUCGCUAAGAGAGUUGGCGGUUUUUAAACGUUUUGCUGUUCUUUUCCCCCCCUUUAGAGUGAAAAUCUUAUUGAAUCAGUCCAUCUGUAAGGUCUCCAAAAUUUUUCAUUGUAUAUUCAUUAAUACUGAAAAUGGCGCGAUUUUUGUGCCCGUUAGUGGUUGAGGCGCGGGAGCCGAAAUCAUCGGAGGCAAUGAAGUUACCGACCACGAUUUUCUUUUUCGUUUAUUAAUAUGCAAAAUUUCCGUGAUCUUUUGAGCGUGCCUUUGAAUGAAUCCUUUUAUUAACUUAAUUCCUCCCUCAUCCUAAUUCAAGGGCUCUUACAGAAAAGUAUCGAGGUGAUAUCUUAGUCGAUGUUGUUUUCGGCUAGAAAUUCUUAAAUAGGUCAGCGACUUGUCUCGUUGGUCAAGACUUUUGUAUCAUGUGGUGGCUCCUAAAGGAGCCGUUUUAUAGAGGGUGAAGCUGAUCUAAGCCUUAGGUUUCUUCUCGGUCUUCUUGGGCAGAAGUACAGCUUGGAUGUUAGGAAGAACACCUCCCUGUGCGAUUGUGACACCGGCCAGAAGUUUAUUCAACUCCUCGUCAUUACGGACAGCCAGCUGAAGGUGACGGGGAAUGAUUCUUGUCUUCUUGUAAUCACGAGCAGUGUUGCCCGCCAACUCAAGGAUCUCAGC